AUGGCUGCAUUUUUGCCUAUGGCAUUGGCUUUUUUGUUAGGAAUCACUGCAAUUUGCAAGCUUUUCAAAGUUUCCAUUUUCAGACAAAAAACUGCAACACCACCACCAAAUGGAAGCAUGUUCUACUUGCCUUUGUUAGGUGAAACUUUAUCUUUUCUCAAGCCACACAAAUCAAAUUCCCCAGGCACAUUCUUACAACAACAUUGCUCCAGGUAUGGAAGAGUCUUCAAAUCCCAUCUAUUCGGCCGCCCGACAAUAGUUUCGUGUGAUCACGAUUUCAACAUGUUCGUACUUCAAAACGAGGAAAGGCUUUUUCGGAGCAGCUAUCCUAAGCCAAUCCACGACAUUCUCGGAAAACUAUCGAUGAUGUUGGUCUCGGGAGAUCUUCAUAAGAAGCUUAGAAGUGUAGCCGUUGGAUUCAUUAACGGUUCAAAAUCGAGGCCUGAUUUUCUUGAUUAUGUCGACAAGUUGUGCGUUUGCUUAGUCGAUUCGUGGAGAGCAAAAACACAACUAACUUUUUACAUUAUGCUGAAAAAUUUGGUGAGCAUUGAGCCAGAGGAUCCACUUGCUGCAAAUAUACUUGAAGAUUUUCUCACAUUUAUGGAGGGUUUUGUUUCUCUGCCUCUCUACAUUCCAGGGACUGCUUAUUCUAAGGCCAUCAAUGCUAGGAAAAGGAUAUCGAACACUCUACACGAAAUUAUAAAAAAGCGGGAAAAUAAGUUAACGGGUACAAAAACACAAAGAAGAGGAGAUUUUCUUGACGAGAUCUUAGCAAAUGGAGGAUUAAAUUAUGAGGAAAAAGUGAGUGUUUUACUGGACCUUUUGCUAGCUGGUUACGAAACAACCUCAGGGCUGAUGGCCCUCGUCGUCUAUUUUCUGGCUAAGGCCCCAUUAGCCCUUCAGACACUUCAGGACCCAGCAACAAGCAGAAAAGUGAGCCCUUAUGGUGGUGGACUUCGAAUUUGUCCUGGGGCAGAGCUUGGUAAAUUGGAGACUGCAUUUUUUCUUCACCAUCUUGUGCUUAAUUUUAGAGGCCAAAGUGCUAAACCAAACCAGCACAGAGCGAACUGCGAACGUCGUCGUUUAGUGGGAAGAAUGUCGUAUGACUACCUCUUCAAGUACAUAAUCAUCGGCGACACAGGUGUGGGAAAAUCGUGUUUGCUUCUUCAAUUCACCGACAAGAGGUUCCAGCCGGUGCAUGAUCUCACAAUCGGAGUUGAAUUUGGGGCUCGAAUGGUUACCAUCGACGGCAGGCCGAUUAAGCUUCAGAUUUGGGACACUGCUGGUCAGGAAUCCUUCAGAUCCAUUACUAGAUCAUAUUACAGAGGAGCUGCUGGUGCCCUUUUGGUUUAUGACAUCACAAGGAGGGAAACAUUCAAUCAUCUCGCAAGCUGGCUGGAAGAUGCUCGGCAACAUGCAAAUCCCAAUAUGACAAUAAUGCUCGUUGGAAAUAAAAGUGAUCUUGCACAUCGUAGGGCCGUAAGUAAAGAGGAGGGGGAGCAGUUUGCAAAAGAAAACGGGCUUCUGUUCUUGGAGGCUUCUGCUAGAACUGCUCAAAAUGUGGAAGAGGCGUUUACCAAGACUGCAACCAAGAUACUUGAGAAAAUUCAGGAAGGAGUCUUUGACGUGUCCAACGAGUCGUCGGGAAUCAAAAUUGGCUAUGGAAGGUCUCAAGGUCCCGCGGGUGGGAGAGAUGGGACAGUUGCUCAGGGAGGUGGAUGCUGCAAUUGACUCAUAUAUCUGCUCUAUUUGCAUCAAACCAAUUUCAUUUAAUCAUAAGAGAUUCUAAUAGAAAUGUACAGUUUAAGUAUGUGAACUGAUGUAAGAUAUGACAAUGGUGUGAUGUAUUACUAUGGAGUAAUUAUUUCCUUCACAUUCUUAUUCAAUGUGAUUAGAAAAUUGUUAGCUAUAGACAACCAUGGCAAGAAGAAAUUACAUCGACCUCUUGGGAUUAGAAGAAUUACAUAACCAAUGCAUCAAAGCUGGAAGAACUUUCUGCUCCCAAAUAGCAUUCUUGUAUGCUGAAGAAAUAAUUUAGUCAGAUCAUUUUAUUUCGCACAAGCCUUGCACAGAGUGCCAAAUUAGAGUACUUCACGAGGUCAUGUACCUAUCUAUAUCUGCAGUAAGAUCAUCCCUCUUGAAUGUACUCAAAUAUUUGAUAUUCCGUAGGUCGUAAUAAAUGAUGAUCUUUUCUUUCCACCUGAAUCUAAAUGCAUUUUUUAAUUUUUUAUCCUGUAAGAUGUCUCUAUAUUUUAAAUUGAAAUGCAU